UCAAAUCGCAGUUAUCACUAUCAUCCCCAAGAUUGUUGCGCAUCGAUAAUCUCAUCCGAGUCUCUCCCGGGUAUUAGUAUAACAACGCGAGAGCGAAUCCUCGGUCUCUGCAUUAAGUCCAGAUGUCUGAGUAAUAUUCACACCUCGAGACUCAAUCCAGAGAUCGCCGCCCACUUCUACGCAGACGUGCACGACCGUCCUUGCGCAGAUCACCAGUUCUUUAUUUCAACCAUGACUUUGGACGGACAGAUGUCCCUCUAACCCUGGCAGGCCUUGAUUCCGGGCUCACCAAAGAGGAGGUGUCCUCUUACGCUCAUGUGUCGCGCCCCACCUUUAAUCUUCUCGCACGUCUCCACUUUGCCAUGGAUCCGAGACAGGCUGAACAUGAGUCGACGAUCAUCGCCUUGGCUUAUGAGGUUCUCGACAUACUUGGCUUCCAAAAAGAUUGGCAGUACCUAGUGAGACCGCACGAUAUCCCAUUGCUGAUCUGCAAUGAUGUCGACAAAAUCGCAUUGUUAAGCGUAUGCGAAUUGGAUCGAUCAAAUCUCUUGCUUGUUCUGCUAAUGGUCAAGAUGUUGAUGGGCUCUUCAAACGUCGAAGCACGUAUGGUCGCAGGAGCCAUUGCGGGGUACCAGUACCAGUACAACAACAACAAGCGGCAAGAGAUGGGUUUGCGUCCGCUUGAUGCCAUGACUAUGCCUUGUAUCACCAUGGUUGGGACACGCCCCGCCUUCUAUCUGGUGCCCAUCACCGAACCGUUGAGUGAGGCGGUCAUUUCCGGUCAAUUUCCGUCAGAUAGGACUGAGGUGUUGAAGUGUGAGGUCGCAAGUGACCACGAUGGAGGCAUGGAGGCACCGGAAUACAGGCGCGUUGCUUUCCAGUAUUUUGUUGCAUUCCAAUCCCUUGCGCAAAGCCACUGGGAAAAGUUCCUUAAUUUUGAUUGAACCAAUGAAGCUACCACGUAUGAAUUGCCAUACGGUUUGAACUUAUGAGUCAUCUCGUGU